AUGACAAACUACUAUGAAGUCUUAGGAAUUGAGGUAAAUGCGACGGAAGAAGACAUUCGUAAAGCUUAUAGGCGCCAAGCUUUGAUAUGGCAUCCUGAUAAGAAUGUCCAAAAUCGUGAAGAAGCUGAAGCCAAAUUUAAAUUGAUUGCAGAGGCUUAUGAAGUAUUAAGCGAUGUUGAGAAAAGGAGAAUAUACGACCAGUAUGGCGAAGAAGGCCUUAAAAACGGUGGCCCCACUUUUGAACAACGUCCUUUCCAAUUUCACGAUCCUCAAGAAAUAUUUCGUCAAUUCUUCUCUGCGUUUGGUGGUGACCCAUUCGGCGGUAAUAUGUUUAAUCAUGAUUUCCCCUCCCACUUUUCGUCAACAUCGAGCUUCAGUAGCGGUCCGCAGUUUCGAUCAGGUCAUCCAUUUUCGUCAACAUCGAGCUUCAGUAGCGGUCCGCAGUUUCGAUCAGUUCAUCCAUUUGAUCCAUUUGGUGGAUUUGGAGGAUUUGGAGGUUUUCCAUCUUCUUCAUUUUCGAUCUCAACCAAUUCAUUUUCUAGCGGAUCUGGUAGCGGCGGGUUCAUUAAAAAAUCUACCUCUACGCAAAUAAUCAAUGGGGUUAGAACAACUAUUACAAGAACUGAGGACGCGGAGGGCAAUGUUACUGAAGUUACAGAAUCAUCUGACGGCACUAGUAAUCAAGAUGAAGGUCUAUCCUACCCUAUGCUCAGACAACAACAAUAUCUGCAGCAGCAAGAACCAUAUACGCAACGGCAUCAACAAUACAAUCGAACAUCUUCAGGUCAAAACUCGGUGGAUAUUGGUCACAGAGAUGACCAUGCUCAGGACCAGCAUAAAUCUCAUGGAAGAUUUAAUAAUUUCUUUCGUAAAAAAUAG